ACGCGAAGUUUAGUCUUUUAGAUUCGACCGAACGUUCCGAAACGCAAGAUGAAAGUUAGCCUAGUGCUAGUGCUGGCCCUGGCCGCCUUCGUGGCCGCCGAUGAAAUCAAUUGGCACAAACUCCGACCAGCAUGGCGUAUGCCCCGUUACUGGAGACGCCUCCCGAAGGAGGUCAUGAAACAGAUGGCUAGCGAAAUCAAGGAUCUGCCAAAGCAACGCCCGGAUGGCAGAAUCGUCGGGGGAUACUUUGCCACGCCCGGUCAGUUCCCGUACCAGAUUGUGAUGAUUGCCAACUUCCCCGAGGGUGGAGCUCUUUGCGGUGGUUCGAUUCUGUCGCAGAACUAUAUCCUUACUGCUGCCCAUUGCGUAGACCAAGCCAGCGGUGGUACCAUCAUUCUCGGAGCCCACGAUCGUACCAAUGCCAAUGAAGCCGGUCAGGUUCGCAUUCCAUUCACUGCUGACGGAGUCUUCUACCACCAAAACUGGGAUCCAUCUCUGAUCCGUUACGAUAUCGCUACCGUUCGUAUGUCCAGCCCGGUUACUUUCACCGACCGUAUCCAGCCGGUGACUCUGCCACGUUGGAGCGAUGUUGGAAAUGACUUCUCCGGAACCACUGGAACCGUUUCCGGCUUCGGUCGUUUCUCGGACGACAUCAACGCUGCUUCGGAUGUGCUGCGCUAUGUGACCAACCCGAUCCAGACCAACACUGCCUGUAACAUCCGUUUCCUGGGUCUGAUCCAACCGGAGAACAUCUGCCUGUCCGGCGAAAAUGGACGUGGUGCUUGCUCGGGUGACUCUGGUGGUCCAAUGACCAUUUCCCGCGACGGAAAGACCGUCCAGGUUGGUGUCGUUUCGUUCGGUUUGGCUCUGGGAUGCGAACGCAACUGGCCCUCGGUGUUCGCCCGUACGAGCUCCUUCCUGCAAUGGAUCCAGGCUCACUCCGAUGUGAUCAUUGAAGCUUAAGUAACUAUGUGUCGUUCAUCUAAGUUGUUGAUAAGUUUGAUGAAUAAAUGUUGUAUGAUUUUGAGUAUAA